UUAUGAAGCCUACUUUGUGAUUGGAUGUUGAGAUCACACGUGCGCUCAAACCAGGAAGUGCUUUUCCUAAAGCUUCAUAGUUUGGGCGAAAUCAUGUAUUCCAACGCAAGAGCCUGUAAAAACGCGCCAUUUUCCCCAUUUUAAACGGUCAUUUCUCGAGGUAAACCCUCAUUUAAAAAAAAAAACUGUGAACGCCUUUGUGAGAUUUUAUGCGUAACGUACGGAUAAAACGGUUAAUUUAUGCGUUACCGAGAGUACCGGUAAAGUUGGGGCGGAAGUCAAGAAGGUGCGCGCGCACGAGCGCGAGCGCGAGCGAGCCGACGCCAGGCGGCGACCGAAUGGCACCUGAGCCGACGGUCCACAGUGCGGAAUGACAGCUCGUCGGAGAUGGCGGACAAACCUCCGACGGUGUUCUCCAAGCUGUUCGCCGCCGGCUUUUACGCACUCAGCUCCUUCCUCAUCGUGGUGGUGAACAAGAGCGUGCUCAGCAACUACAGGUUCCCCUCGUCGAUAUGCGUCGGGAUUGGGCAAAUGUUCGCCACGGUGGUUGUCCUGUGGGUGGGCAAGGCUGCAAAGGUGAUCGCCUUCCCAGACUUGGACGAGAAAGUACCUCGCAAGAUAUUUCCUCUACCUCUCCUUUAUGUGGGCAAUCAAAUAACUGGUCUAUGUGGAACCAAAAGGCUCAACUUGCCUAUGUUUACGGUACUCAGGAGGUUCUCCAUCUUGUUCACAAUGUUGGCCGAGGGAUUCCUGCUCAAGAAGAAAUUCUCCAGGUCAGUCCAGCUGACGGUAUUUACGAUGAUACUCGGGGCCUUUAUCGCUGCAAGCGCAGACAUGUCCUUUGACCUGCAAGGCUACGUCUUCAUCCUCCUCAACGACGUGCUCACCGCGGCCAACGGCGCGUACGUCAAGCAGAAAUUGGACGCCAAGGAGCUGGGCAAAUAUGGAUUGCUGUAUUAUAACGCGUUAUUUAUGAUCCUCCCCACUUUGGUGCUGGCUCUCGCGACCGGAGACAUGCAGAAGGCCAUGGACUAUGACGGCUGGUCAGACGUGUUCUUCCUCAUACAGUUCUUCAUGUCCUGCAUUAUGGGGUUUGUCCUCAUGUACUCCAUCGUGUUGUGUACGCAGUACAACUCUGCACUGACCACCACCAUCGUGGGCUGCAUCAAGAAUGUCCUGGUGACGUACAUUGGAAUGCUGUUCAUCGGAGACUACAUCUUCUCCUGGACCAACUUCAUUGGGUUGAACAUCAGCAUCGCAGCCAGCUUGGUGUAUUCCUACAUUACGCUGCGAGAGGAGCAGCCCAGCAAGGCCAGUGAAAGCACCAAAAUGGACAUCAAGGGCAAGGUGGUUGUAUGACACUGGAUUCGCUUUAAUCUCAUCAUGUACAUGGUUUUUUUGUUUUAUUUAUGUCUGAGGAGGAACUGAUGGUUGAAAAUCAUCAUUGGGAUACACAGUUACGCAAAGUCUGUUACAAUAUUUAAAAAAAAAAAAAAAAAAAGAUGGUAGUGUUUGUAUUUUAAAGUUAUGAGAAGGGAAAAAUAUUGAUGGAACUUCAUAGACAUUUUACAGGAGACACACGCAAUAGAGCCAGCUGUUACUUUCUGACCUUUUAGCUGUUUACGAGGAAUGUAACAUGGAUGCCUUCAAUGUCAUGUCAUUUUCUGUGCACUCUUAAGUCUAUUCCCUUAUUUUUGCACAUGCACUGUUACAACAUUGGGAGAGGGUUGAAAAAGAGCAGUUUACCUUUAGCUUGGUCAGUGCUACAAAAUGUGUGUGUGUGUGUGUGUGUGUGGUGGGCUCUUUUGCAGUUAUUAUUACACACCUUAGUGCACUUUUAUGAGUGGCCCACCUCACCACCUUUUACAUGAAUUGAGAUUUUUGUACUUUGUGGGUUACCUUAAAGUUUUUAAAGUUUAGUACGAGCAUUUUAUGUUUUUUCUCACUUUAUUUUGGCUUAAAAUGUAUUUGAUUCAAAAUGGGACUUUAUAACUGAAGCACCGAGAUGUAUUUUUUACAAUGCUUUCCAAUCUUGCAACAUUUGUUCCUGUCAUCAAAUUAAAAGAUGAGCCAAUUGCUCUUUUUACA